AUGUUAGGUAUAAGAUCAGUUUUUAAUAAAGCUGUUACGACAUUUCCUACUUUAUUUUGUCAACAAACAAGGAAUACUUUUGUUUUGAAACGACGAUGGCCGCCACCGUUACAUAAAAAAGGCGGCAAGCCAUCUAAAAUGAGGGGUAGACACUUCGUAUAUGACUUGGUUGAAGAUACAAAUGUUCGUAAAAAACCAGACUUAAAGAUUAUUUUAAACCAGUUUGUCGAUGGUGUUGGAGAAGCAGGAGAUGUACUUACUCUUAGUCCAGCUAAAGCUUAUAAAGAGUUCCUUGUGCCAGGUUUAGCAGUGUAUGCUAGUCCAGAAAAUUUUGCAAAGUAUAAGGUUGAUGAGAAUAAGCCUAAGGUUGAAGGCACAUACAGCUCACCUUAUGUUCAAAGGACAAUUGGGUGUUUGUCACGACUAGUAUUACAAAUAACCAUGAGCAAAAAAGAGCCAUGGACUCUUGAACCUUGGCAUGUACGUGCAUCUUUUCGUAAAGCUGGGUUUGUAGUGCCAGAACACGCUAUAAAAAUGCCUCCAGUAGAAAUUAAGGGCCCAGAUUUGUCAUUACAAGAAAAAGAGUUUUAUGUCACUGUUAAGAUUAAUAACACUGAAGAAGUAAAAGUAAGGUGUAGAAUCCAUCAUUGGGCUACUGGAAUGGAUAGACUGCCAUGGGAGGAAUUUCACUGGAAAAAACCUUAUGAAGCAUUGAUACCCGAACAAGCUGAAGAAUUGGAAAAAAUACCACUACCUAAAUAG